CCAGAAGCUGACUGCCUCCGGGCUGGGAUCCCGAGCUCCCUCCCUCUGUGCCCAGCGCCCACCAUGCUGGCCAACAUCACGGCGAAGCCUCUCUGCCCUCUCCUGGAGCAGAUGAGCCGCCUCGAAAGCCACAGCAACUCCAGCAUCCGCUACAUCGACCACGCAUCGGUGGUGCUGCACGCCCUGGCCUCGCUGCUGGGCCUGGUGGAGAACGGACUCAUCCUCUUCCUGGUGGGCUGCCGCAUGCGCCAGACCGUGAUCACCACCUGGGUGCUGCACCUGGCCCUGUCUGACCUGCUGGCCGCCGCCAGCCUGCCCUUCUUCACCUACUUCCUGGCCGUGGGCCACUCGUGGGAGCUGGGCACCACCUUCUGCAAGCUGCACUCCUCCAUCUUCUUCCUCAACAUGUUCGCCAGUGGCUUCCUGCUCAGCGCCAUCAGCCUGGACCGCUGCCUGCGGGUGCUGCGGCCCGUGUGGGCGCUGAACCACCGCACGGUGGCAGCGGCCCACAAGGUCUGCCUGGUGCUCUGGGCCCUGGCCAUGCUCAACACCGUGCCCUACUUCGUGUUCCGGGACACCAUCCCGCGGCGGGACGGGCGCAUUAUGUGCUACUACAACCUGCUGCUCCUGAACCCUGGGCCCGACCACAACGCCACGUGCAACUCGCGCCAGACGGCCCUGGCCGUCAGCAAGUUCCUGCUGGGCUUCUUGGUGCCACUGGCCAUCAUCGCCUGCAGCCACGUGGCCGUGAGCACGUAUCUGCACCACCGCGGCCGCCCGCGCUCGGGCCGCUUCCUGCGCCUGGUGACCGCCGUGGUGGUGGCCUUCGCGCUCUGCUGGGGGCCCUACCACGUCUUCAGCCUGCUGGAGGCGCGCUCGCACAGCGACACGGCGCUGCGGGUGCUCGUGUGGCGCGGGCAGCCCUUCGCCACCAGCCUGGCCUUCAUCAACAGUGUGAUCAACCCGCUGCUCUACGUGCUCACCUGCCCCGACAUGCUGCGCAAGCUGCGGAGUUCGCUGCGCAGCGUGCUGGAGAGCGUGCUGGUGGACGACAGCGACCUCAGCUCCUCCAGCAGCCGCCGCCGCGCCUCCUCCACCGCCGGCCCCGCGGCCUGCGGCCCACGCCGGCCCUCGCAGCUGCUCGGCUGGCUGAACCGCGGCGCCGGGGCGCCAGCAGAGAAUGGCCCGGCCGGGCCCCAGGACGAGAAGGGCCCCCUGAACCCAGCGCCGAGCACCACCUCUGGUUAG